GAGCCCUGAAGGCUCUGAGCCUUUCUGAGCAUCUUAUGUCCUAACACAGGGACGCACCCGGAGCCGAGAUGUCCUGGCCCGGCCUUCUCCGUUGUCUCUCCACGUCCCUCAGUCGUGGCCUGGCCCUAGGCCCCCAGCUCUGGGCCACACGCUCCAUGGCCACCCUGAACCAGAUGCAUCGCUUAGGCCGCCCGAAGGAACCUCCUAAGCGUUUGGGCCCCACAGAAGGCCGGCCACAGCUGAAGGGCGUGGUGUUACGCACGUUCAUCAGAAAGCCAAAGAAGCCCAACUCGGCCAACCGCAAGUGCUGCCGAGUGCGCCUCAGUACAGGCAAAGAGGCUGUCUGCUUCAUCCCCGGGGAGGGCCACACCCUGCAGGAGCACCAUGUGGUCCUUGUGGAGGGUGGCCGCACCCAAGACCUGCCUGGGGUUAAGCUCAAAGUCGUGAGGGGCAAGUAUGACUGUGGCCACGUGCAGAAGAAGAAGUGACCAUAAUUCAUAGUGGCCAGGCACUGGGACCUCGGAAACCAGUCCUUCCUGCCCCAGGGGCAACUAGGCUUGGGUUCACAUCUCACUCCAACUCAUCAAGACUGCAUUAAUCUGCAAGAGAUCUGGAGGUUAAUUGGGAGCAAACACCCCUCUGCCCAUCCCCUUGGCUUCCA